UUAAACAAAACAAAACAAAAGCGAAAGUACUUAAAUUAUCGAAAUUAUCUAAGAGUCUAUAUAUUUAACACACGUUUAGAUCUACUCUAACUCUAGAUCUAUCUAGACUAGACAGUAGUCUAGAUUUAAAUAAAUAUUAAUCUAGAUAAGUAGAUUAUCAUUAUUUGUUGACAUUAAAAUCAUUAUAGAUCUAUAAUAAUAAUUAUAUCGAGUUCUAAAAUUUUAAUUUAUCUAGAAUCUAGAUCUAGACUCUAGACUUAUCACUGAGUCACUGAGUGAGUCUGACUUAGACUCUAGACUAGAGUCUAGCUAGACAUUUAAGUUUAAGUUAUCUUGAGACUUUUCGACUUUUGUAUUGAAGUUGAGAGACUCAGAGUGUAGAGACUAGGACUACUAGUUACGACUAGUUACGACUCGGAUUAUACUUAUACUAUCAUACUCAUAGUAUAACUUAUAGAUAAUCUAGAUUCUAGAUAUCUAGUUAAUCUAGAUUCUAGAGUCUAUUAUUUUAGUACAAAAUAAUCAAGUCCAAGACAUCAUCAGACAUGAAGAUCAAUGUGGAUGGGCUGCUGGUGUACUUUCCAUAUGACUACAUUUACCCAGAGCAGUUUCUCUACAUGCAGGAACUCAAAAGGGCUCUGGAUGCCAAGGGUCACUGUGUACUGGAAAUGCCUUCUGGGACAGGAAAAACAGUUUCUCUUUUAUCACUUAUUAUUGCCUACAUGAGAGCUAAUCCAUUAGAUGUCACCAAAAUGAUCUACUGCUCUAGGACUGUUCCUGAGCUGGAAAAAGUUGUGGAAGAAAUGAGAAGUCUGAUGGACUAUUAUGUCCAAGAGACCGGGGAGUUUCCCAAAUUUUUAGGCCUGGCACUCAGCUCUCGUAAAAAUAUGUGCAUACAUCCAGAGGUCAGUCAAGAGAGAGACGGAAAACAGGUUGAUGGUAAAUGUCAUCAGUUGACUGCUUCAUUUGUUCGCAAUCGACAUAAAAACAAUCCUAAUGUUCCAGUGUGUGAUUUCUAUGAGAACUUUGAUGCAAAUGGUCGAAACAUUCCGUUGCCAUCUGGUAUAUUCGGUUUGGAUGAGUUACGAGAGUAUGGUAGAAAGUAUGGCUGGUGUCCUUAUUUCCUCGCUAGAUAUGCUAUGUCUCAAGCUAAUGUAAUUGUAUAUAGUUAUUACUACCUGCUGGACCCGAAGAUUGCUGAUCUAGUAUCCAAAGAACUCCCAAAGCAGUCUGUUGUUGUAUUUGAUGAGGCUCACAAUAUUGAUAAUGUUUGUGUGGAAUCAAUGAGUGUUAAGAUAACCCGCAGGACAAUAGAUAAAUGUAAUCAAAAUAUAGAAGACCUAAGCAAACAAAUUAGAAGAAUCAAAGAUGUUGAUGAAACACGUCUUCAGAAUGAAUAUCAGAGGAUGGUAGAAGGUCUCAGAGAAGCAAACAUAGCCAGAGAAACUGAUCUGGUCUUGGCCAAUCCAGUAAUACCAGAUGAAAUUCUGCAAGAGGCUGUACCAGGAAGUAUUCGCAACGCAGAGCAUUUUAUAGGGUUCAUGAAACGCUUUAUUGAAUAUUUAAAAACAAGACUACGAGUACAACAUGUAGUUUCUGAGAGCCCGCCCUCCUUUCUCAAAGACUGUCAAGCUAAAGUCUGCAUUGAUAGGAAACCUUUAAGGUUUUGUUCCGAGAGAUUGUCCUCUCUUCUGAGAACAUUGGAGCUGACUGAUAUCAAAGAUUAUUCAGCUCUUUCUGUUGUUGCCAAUUUCGCAACAAUAAUUAGUACUUAUACCAAAGGUUUCUCACUGAUCAUUGAACCAUUUGAUGACCGCACACCCACCAUAGCUAACCCUAUUAUGAACUUUAGUUGCCUUGAUGCCACCAUUGCUGUCAAACCAAUCUUUAACAGGUUCCAGACUGUGGUUGUUACUUCUGGUACUUUAUCUCCACUGGACAUGUAUCCGAAGAUAUUAGACUUUCAACCUGUUACCAUGGCAACAUUUACAAUGACACUCGCAAGGCCAUGUAUUUGUCCUAUGAUAGUAAGCAAGGGAAAUGAUCAAGUUGCCAUGAGUUCAAAAUAUGAGACAAGAGAAGAUAUAGCUGUAACUCGUAACUACGGCAACCUGUUGGUGGAAAUGGUGGCUAUUGUUCCAGAUGGUGUUGUCUGUUUCUUCACCAGCUACAUCUAUAUGGAAAGUAUUGUAGCCGCUUGGUAUGAGCAGGGCAUCAUUGAUCAGAUUCAGAAACAUAAAUUGUUAUUUAUAGAAACCCAGGAUGCUGCAGAGACAUCAUUAGCUUUACUUAACUACCAGAAGGCUUGUGAAAAUGGGCGUGGUGCUGUUCUGCUGUCAGUGGCUAGAGGAAAAGUUUCAGAAGGCAUUGACUUUGACCAUCACUAUGGUAGAGCUGUGAUCAUGUUUGGUGUUCCUUAUGUCUACACUCAAAGCAGAAUAUUGAAGGCACGGCUGGAGUAUCUACGAGAUCAGUAUCAGAUCAGAGAAAAUGAUUUCCUAACAUUUGAUGCCAUGCGCCAUGCAGCACAGUGUGUUGGACGAGCGUUGCGUGGCAAGACUGAUUAUGGCAUUAUGAUAUUUGCUGAUAAGAGAUUUUCAAGAGCUGACAAAAGAGGAAAAAUUCCUCGCUGGAUUCAGGAGCAUCUGACAGAUAAUCUGUGCAACUUGUCUAUUGAUGAAGCUGUGCAGGUGGCUAAACGUUUCUUGAGACAAAUGGCUCAACCUUUCAGCAGAAAAGAUCAGCUUGGGUUGUCCCUCCUGACACUGGAACAACUUCAGUCUGAGGAGAUGCAAAAGAAAAUCGAGUCCAAGAUUCAGCAUGUCUGAGAAACAUUCACUGUGUCUUGUUGCCAUUACCAUCAUCAUUAUUUCAGUCCAUAAUGUUAGGGCUAGGAGCUGCUAAAGGUUCAGGGGUCACCAAGAAUGGAGAAAAGUGUUAAAAGUACCUUCUGGAUAGAUUUAAACAAAAAAUAAAUUUGAGAAUAACUGCCUCCUUGUCCUCCCCAUAUGCUGUCCAUUGAUCAUACCUACAUAGCAUCAUAUAUAAUAGUCAUAUUGUUUUUUUUUUUAAAUAUUGAUAUAAAUGUGUUUAACUUGUUUUUUUACAAGUCACCUUGUUAUCCAACAAUUGUUAGCAAUGCUUGAUGUCAAGAUUUCAUGUUUCUGAUUGUCAUAAGAAACCAAUAAACAAUUGUUGUUACUGAAGAAUGUGUUUUGUGUGACAGAGUGAAAUAAAUGAUUCGAUUUAUUGGUAGAUAUUAUCUGGAGAUUAUAGAAAGUUGUUUGGUGAGAUGCUGAUAGUGUUAUAGAGGUUGAUGAAAAUGUUGUUUGUUCUUGAACAACAAUGUUGCAA